UAGUGGCUUGAAACUGCACUGCACUCAAUCAGCGAUUCCGUUUUAUUGCCACACACAGUAUGGCCGCUCUGCUUCCCAAGGCCCAAUCAACGCAUGCGGAGAAUCGGCAUCAGCGCCUUGUUAUGACGUACCUACAGGUUGUCGCAGCGUUUGGCUCCUAGCGACCGUCUGCUCAUAUACUCCGGCGGCUUGUUAAAACAUUUGUCAUCACUGUUUAGGUUGAGGACAUUGCGUUUCUCCUCCCGUCCUGAAAAGGCAAUGUCUAUCAAAAGGGGAAGAGGUCCCUUGCAAAAUACCAUUAAAGUGACUGAUGAUCUGGAAAGAAAGUUUAAUGCCCUGUUGCAAGAAACAUUGCGUAAGGAUGUUUUGGAGCCCUCUAUAAAGAAUGACUUUUACCAGAGGUGUAUACAGUUAAAGAGCUUGAUUGAUAACAACAGAGAAGCUCUUCAAAAGUUAAAAAAGGAUGAUGAACCCGCACCUGUUGGGAACUAUGAACGGCGGAAAGAAGAGGAAGGCCAACGCUUGUUAAAGCUCUCACGCAGCCUGCAGGAGAUAGCACAGACCCUGGUACAUGGAGACGAUCAUCCCGGAAAACAGACUGACACUAGUCAACCAUCAGACGGAGCCAGCGAAGGUGAAACGGAAGAAGAUGAAGAAGAAGAGGAGAAUGACGAUGAUGAAGAGGAGAGUGAAGAAGAAGAUGAUGAGGAAGAAGAUGAAUUUAAUUCGACCAUAAGAGAAUAUAUCACUCUGGGAGAUUUCCAAGCUCAGCAGAAAGAUGAUCUAUCAUUCCUAAAAGGUGAAAUGCUGCAUAUUGUGGAUAAAAAACCCGAUGGCUGGUGGGUAGCUGAAAACUCUAAGGGAAAUAAAGGACUUGUACCAAAGACAUACUUGCAGGUAUACAAGAAAGGUGAGCAAAUUCCUGAUCCCAGUGAGGAGGAAAGCGAAGAAGAGGCAGAGGACACGGCAGAUGCCGCUGUGAAAAAGUCUGUUGAAGAUUCAGUAUCUCAAAUGAGCUCUUCAAAGAGGACGCAAGAGAUGAGUUCAACAGAUGCAUUAGUUGCAAUGGGCACAAUACCUGCUGGGUUUCGUUCAUCAACCUUGACAUCACUGCUAGAGCAAGGCAAACAAUAUAGAUCAAGUACAUACCUCCAGCCAGAACUUACCCCUUCGCAGCUAGCUUUUAAGGAUCUGUUAUGGGACCAGGAGAGUGAUGCCAUUCAAGCUCUGCCCACCCGCGUCUCCUUGAUUUUGACAUUAUGGAGCUGUAAAAUGAUACCCCUGCCUGCGGCUAGCAUCCAGAUACUUAGCCGGCAUGUGAGACUCUGCCUGUUUGAUGGCACCAAGGUCCUAAGCAACAUUCACACAGUCAGAGCGACGUGGCUGCCCAAAAAUUCCAAAACAUGGACCUUUUCUCCAAGGGUUACUGGAAUUCUUCCCAGUUUACUGGAUGGUGAUUGUUUUGUCAGGUCUGGCAGUCAGUCUCCAGAUCUUGGAAUCCUGUUUGAACUGGGGGUCACCUAUAUCCGCAACUCAACGGGUGAGAGAGGGGAGCUGAGCUGUGGUUGGACAUUUUUAAAACUUUUUAAUGUCAAUGGCGUCCCGAUACCUCCAAAGACAUACGAGCUCACUCUAAAUGGCGGUACUCCUUAUGAAAGAGGGGUAGAAGUGGAUCCAUCAAUUGCAAGGCGAGCCAACAGUGGAGUAUUUCACCAGAUGAUGAUGCAAAGAAGACAACCACGACUUCUAGUAAAACUUAGGUCUCUAAAUGUGAGACGGAGGGAAAUGUUGAACUCGCUGCCAGAGACAAUACUUGGCAGCACGUGCUACAUUCCUUUGCUGGCGUUCUAUCGGCAAAUCCUCGCCGAUGUCCUUUUGAAAGAACGAGUAAGCAUGCAGAACGCAGAUCUGAUCAGCAACCCGUUUCUAGCUACAUUUCCAGGAGCAACGGAGCAGCCUGAUAUCAUGGAUGCUCUUAGGAGCGGAUGGGCUGAAAAGCAGAAUUCUAUGAAGAGAUCGGAAAAGAGAGACAAAGAGUUUCUGAAAAGUGCCUUUAUUCAUGUGUACCAUGACACCGUAUACCCUCUUCUGCAAUCAACUUUUCUGUUGCCAUCAAAGUGGGCUGAUGAUGAAACAGAAGCUUCCCGUUGGAAGGUGAUUGCGGACUUUCUGAAGCAAAACCGUGAGAAAGAAGGAUCUCUCCACUACCUCUUGUCUCCAGACAACAUUCACAAGCCCUUUGAUAUAUCCGAAAUAACGUAUGACUUCCUCAGUGUCCCAAAACAGACUGCAGUGUCUUUGUGAAAGCAGAAAAACACAAUACAAUAGAGAUAUUUUUUCUUCUUCAGUAA